UUUCCUUUUGCAACAGGUUCUGUCACCCUUUGUUUUGCUUUCCACGUCGACGGUGACGGCGACGUUCAGAGACCAUGUCUCACCAGUCUCAUUCACACCACCAAAAUUCGCCGUCUAGGGCCCUCGUUAUCGGAACAGUCUUGUUCUACCUCGUAGCAGCGCUGUCGAUGGUCAUGGCAAAUAAAUGGGUACUGAAUACAACCGACGUGCCACUAUUCUUUUUGGAUACCCAGCUGCUCAUCGCCGUCGUCCUCUUUUUGAUGGCGCACGUGGUCGGGCUGUUGCAACUGCCUAUACGACUGGACAUGCAAGUAUGCAAGGGUCUCAUCCCCAUGGUGGGGCUCAACGUGAUCGGUCUCAGCUUCAGCAAUUAUACGCUCAAAUAUGUUGACGCGUCGUUCUACCAAGUCGCACGAGGCAUGGUUCUCCCAUUCACUGUCGCGACAUCCUUCUUGCUGCUGCAUGCGCGCCCCUCGCUGCGGAUCCUCUUCGCAUGCUCGAUCGUCACCUUUGGCUUCUUCAUCGGUGUCUUCCUCGACGGCACGCCUGUCUCGCCUAUGGGCAUCUUCUUCGGUGUCGUGAGCUCAAUGAUCACCGCGCUGCACUCGGUCGUUAUCAAGAAGGCGCUUGACAUCGUGCACGGCAGCGCGCUGCACCUCUCGUGGUACACGAACCUGCUUAGUGCGGUUCUCCUUGCGCCGAUCCUCGUUCUGGUGGGCGAGCUCCCCCGCGUGACGCGCCUGCUAUUUGGCCCUAAUGAAGCGCCUGUAGGCGAGUUGAGCACCUUGGGGACCUUUUUGCUCGGUUCUGCGAUCACGGGCGCGUUCGGCUUCCUCAUGAGCAUUGCGAGCCUCCUCUCUAUCAAAGUCACAUCACCUAUCACACACAUGGUGUCCUCUGCCGUGCGGGGGGUCGCUGCCUCCCUUCUCGGCAUGUGGCUCUUCCACGAUGUUAUCACAACUGGGCGCGCAUCUUCCAUAGCAACUAUCCUUUUCGGCUCGCUAUACUACACCUGGGUCAAGCAUGUCGAGUCGCAGGCGGCCAAGCCAGCGAACGGCCACUCAUACGAGCAGGUGCCCCUCGAGGAUGCCGAGGCUGGCAAGGCAUCGGGCAAGCCAGAGUAGACCCGGACGGCGAAUGGAAUGUAUGGAUUGGAUUGAAUCAUAGAGACAUACUUGAUAGUUUAGUGUACUGGAUUGUUCGUGACUGGAUCAUCGAUUAAUUGACGAGAGCGCCUGGCCAGGUGGCCAUUGCUCGUUCACCUCCCAAUGAUGACCCUAAGUUCGGUGAGGAUCCGGGCCCAAGAUAUCACUAUACAUGGAAUGGAUUCGUAGAGACGCUAUUACCACUAUUCCUCGCCCACACUCUCCAUGAUCAGCCACUCCCCGUAAUACAUGCAUCCUUUCGGGUCCACCGGUCCCCCGCUCUUGCAAAAGUCGAAGGUCG